CGUGCCGAGCCGGCCCCCAUCUCCGCCACCAACCUCUCCUGUAUAAAGCCUCGCGGCCUCCGCCUGCCUCCUCCUCCCACCAGUUCCAGGACAACCAGCGACAGCCGCCACUUCGUCCAGCUCCGGCCCCGGGAGGAUCGCUUCGCUGCCAAAUCGCUCGUCGACGGCGGGAUGGGGGAGGCGUCAUCUCCGGCGAUCGCCAAGGAUGUCACCGAGCUGAUCGGGAACACGCCGUUGGUGUACCUCAACAAGGUGACCGACGGGUGCGUGGGGCGCGUCGCCGCCAAGCUCGAGUCCAUGGAGCCCUGCUCCAGCGUCAAGGACAGGAUUGGGUACAGCAUGAUCACCGACGCGGAGGAGAAGGGGUUCAUCGUCCCAGGCAAGAGUGUGCUGAUUGAACCAACCAGUGGCAACACAGGCAUUGGGCUGGCCUUCAUGGCUGCUGCCAAGGGUUAUAGACUUGUACUCACAAUGCCCGCCUCCAUGAGUAUGGAGAGGAGAAUCAUCUUGAAGGCCUUUGGUGCUGAGCUGAUCCUCACCGACCCACUCUUGGGAAUGAAAGGAGCUGUCCAAAAGGCGGAAGAACUGGCAGCAAAGACGCCCAACUCAUACAUCCUUCAGCAGUUCGAGAAUCCUGCCAACCCAAAGAUUCACUACGAGACAACUGGGCCUGAAAUCUGGAAAGGCACAGGUGGAAAGAUCGAUGGCCUUGUUUCUGGCAUCGGGACAGGUGGUACCAUUACUGGAACUGGAAAGUACCUCAAAGAGCAAAACUCUAACAUCAAGCUCUACGGUGUGGAGCCUACCGAGAGUGCUGUCUUAAAUGGUGGAAAGCCUGGACCACACAAGAUCCAAGGAAUUGGAGCUGGUUUUAUCCCUGGUGUCUUGGAUGUUGACAUCAUUGAUGAAACCAUACAGGUUUCAAGUGAUGAGUCUAUUGAGAUGGCAAAGUCUCUUGCAUUGAAAGAAGGAUUGCUGGUUGGGAUCUCUUCUGGUGCUGCUGCAGCUGCUGCAAUCAAGGUUGCUCAGAGGCCUGAAAAUGCAGGGAAACUCUUUGUUGUUGUGUUCCCGAGCUUCGGAGAGCGCUACCUUUCGUCGGUGCUCUUCCACUCCAUCAAGAAGGAGGCCGAGAGCAUGGUGGUCGAGUGACGCUCGGGACUCGUCUCCUCAAGCGCGCGAAGCUGUUCUCUGAAGCCGAAUCCCUCCAUUCAUAGGAGCCCUCUUCUACAAGAAAUAAAUCUUCGGCGUCCCUGCUAGUGUUGGUCUGACAUCAAAGUCCUGUCAAGUUUUAAUCCCACCUUGUGUGGCAAUGGGGAAUACUUUUGUGUUGGCCUUGUGGUGUUUAGCAAUUUGAAUUACCUCCUGCCUGCCCUGUAUAUUGAACUCCUCCUCUGUGGUCCAUAUGUCAGCCAGUGUGAAAUAAAGCAUCAUGGUGCCCUUACAUGUC